GUUAAUCCAUUCAUUCUGUGUGCAGACAGUAGACUGCACGCUUCAGGAAAACCCUUUCUGUCUAUGUCAUAUAAUAUAAUUUUUAUAAUCAACUUAAAAUGUUUAUCGCAGCCGCAACUAUUACUAUUUUUAUAAUUUUUUGUUUUUUAGAUAUUAUUACAUCGCCCAAAUAUCCAUCAGGACCAACAAGAGUUCCUUUGCUUGGCAACUUUUUAGAAAUCCAAAAGCUCAAGAAUAAAUUAGGAUUCUAUCACUUGGUUUGGGAUAAGUUGGCCAAAUGUUACGGCCAAGUGUAUUCUGUAAAAUUUGGUCCAAUAGAAACAGUAGUAGUUUCUGGAUAUGAUGCAGUACGAGAAGUAUUGUCCAAAGACGACUUUGAUGGACAAGCAGAUGGAUUUUUUUUCAGAACCAGAGCUUUUUAUAAGAAAUUAGGCAUAGUAUUUGUUGAUGGACCAAUGUGGACCGAGCAGAGAAAAUUUUGCAUGCGACAUUUACAAAAAUUGGGAUUUUGUGGUGAUGUAAUGGAAAAAAUUGUAAUUGAAGAAGUCAACGAUCUCGUAUUAGACAUAACGAGAAAAUAUGAGAAUGGUAAAUCAAUUGAAGUGCGUGGCUUAUUCGAAGUAUCAGUUUUAAACGGUCUUUGGGCAAUGUUAGCCGGUGGUAGAUUUUCAUUGAAUGAUUCUAGACUUGCACGAGUUGUAGAAUUAAUACAUGAAAGUCUUAGAAUAUUAGAUAUGCCAGGAGGGAUAUUAAACCAGUGGCCAUUCAUUCGGUAUUUAGCACCCAAAUUGUCUAGAAAUAAACACCUCAAACAAAUAAUUAACGAAUUAUAUAUACUAUUAAAAGAAUCAGUAGAAGAGCACAAAUGCAGUGAAAAUGAUCAAGAAGACUUUAUAAGUGCAUUUUUGAUGGAUAUUGAGAAAAAUAAAAAAUCUCUGGGGUCGUUUUCAGAAGAACAGCUUGUUGUUAUACUAUUGGAUUUGUUUUUAGCUGGGUCAGAAACCACAAGCAUCACGUUGUCAUCUGUAAUUUUACAUCUCCUUAUGAAUCAAGAUAUUCAAACCAAAGUACGUGCAGAGUUGGAUGCAGUAAUUGGAGAUCGAGAAAUUCUUCCUUCAGAUAGAAAAAGAUUGAACUAUCUUGAAGCCGUAUUUAUGGAAGUUCAGAGACAUAGUAACGUUGUUCCGUUAGCAAUCGCUACCAAUAGAACUAUUCGAAAAACCACCCUACAAGACUAUAUAAUACCUAAAGAUACACUAGUAUUGGCGAGUAUAUGGAGUGUUCAUAUGGAUGAGCAGCAUUGGGGUGAUCCCGAGGUAUUUCGACCGGAAAGAUUUUUGGAUAGUAAAGGAAAAAUUAUAAAUGAUAGUUGGCUUAUGCCAUUUGGUGUUGGUAAACGAAGGUGCCUUGGAGAGAAAUUGGCUAAGACGUAUAUAUUUAUGUUCAUUGCAAAAUUGAUUCAACAUUUUGAGAUACGAAUUCCGACCGAUAUCCAAUUGCCAGAUAAGCCUCAAAAUGGUGUUAAUAUUUCUCAAACUCCAGUGUCUGUUUUUUUUAUACCCAGACGUUGUUUAAAAGCCAAUUAAAUACAAUUUAAGAAUCGUAAUUUUUUUUAAAAAAUUAACAAUAUUUUUAAGUAUACAUAUCUUGCUAGUUACAUAAUAAACAUCACUAUAUAUAUAUACCACAAACUAUAAAUUGCACUGUAUCAUAUUAUUACCUUCUUUAUAUUAUAUUAUAUGUAAUAUCCUAUAUGUUAUCAUAUUAUAACAUACUACGUUUAAUUGUUAUAUCUAAUCGUGUUUGCACUUUCAAUUGUAUCCAA